CCAAUAUUCAAUGGAGAACGCUUUAUGGUACUAGACACAUUAAAAAUAGAAAAUUUAUUGAAAAUAAAAUAUAUUUCGUCGUUACUGACAGUGUUAAUUAGCUGAAAAUAUCAUAUCAGAUUAAACUAAAGACAUUGCUGAUUUAAACUCGUGUAAUUGGUUACACGAUUGUUCUGUAAUAAUUUAAUUUAUUUUUGAAAAAAAAAUUGAUCCUCAUGAUGAUGGAAACGCAUAUAAACUCAAACAAUCAUGCUAUAUUAAAUAGUUUGCAGGGCAAAGGUGAUUUGGAUGAAAUGGAUAAUGAAGGUUGGAAAGCAAAAUUAAAAAUACCACCAAAAGAUAAACGAAUCAAGACUAGCGAUGUAACCGAUACAAGAGGCAACUCAUUUGAAGAUUUUUGUUUAAAACGACAAUUAUUGAUGGGUAUAUUUGAGAAAGGCUGGGAAAAACCAUCACCUAUUCAAGAAGCAUCAAUACCAAUUGCCUUAUCUGGUAAAGAUAUAUUGGCGCGAGCUAAAAAUGGUACUGGUAAAACUGGAGCAUACUGUAUACCAGCAUUGGAAUUAAUUGAUCCUACAAAAGAUUAUAUACAAGCAUUAGUGAUUGUACCAACCCGGGAACUUGCAUUACAAACAAGUCAAAUAUGUAUUGAAUUAGCUAAACAUAUGAGUAUUCGUGUUAUGGUUACUACAGGUGGUACAAAUUUACGUGAUGACAUAAUGCGAAUUUAUCAAAAAGUACAAUUAAUAAUUGCAACACCUGGACGUAUAUUAGAUUUAAUGGAUAAACAAGUUGCAAAAAUGGAUCAGUGUAAAAUAUUAGUACUGGAUGAGGCUGAUAAAUUAUUAUCACAAGAUUUUAAAGGAAUGUUAGAUCAUGUUAUAUCACGCUUACCACAAAAACGACAAAUAUUAUUAUAUUCAGCCACAUUUCCAUUAACUGUCAAACAAUUCAUGGAAAAACAUUUAAAAGAUCCGUAUGAAAUUAACUUAAUGGAGGAAUUAACAUUAAAAGGUGUUACACAAUAUUAUGCAUUUGUGCAAGAACGUCAAAAAGUACAUUGUUUAAAUACAUUAUUUUCUAAGCUUCAAAUAAAUCAAAGUAUUAUAUUUUGCAAUUCGACACAACGUGUUGAAUUAUUGGCAAAAAAAAUUACUGAACUGGGAUACUGUUGUUAUUAUAUACAUGCAAAAAUGGCACAAGCCCAUCGUAAUCGUGUAUUCCAUGAUUUUCGUUCGGGGUUAUGUCGUAAUUUGGUGAGCUCUGAUCUCUUUACACGUGGUAUUGAUGUACAAGCUGUGAAUGUCGUCAUUAAUUUUGAUUUUCCAAAAAUGGCUGAAACUUAUUUACAUCGUAUUGGUCGUUCUGGACGUUUUGGCCAUCUUGGUAUUGCAAUUAAUUUAAUCACUUAUGAAGACCGAUUUGCAUUACAUCGUAUUGAACAAGAAUUGGGUACAGAAAUUAAACCAAUACCAAAAGUAAUUGAUCCGGCCUUGUAUGUACCAAAUUGUGGUGGUGAUACAACUGAAAUCGAAGAAGGUAAUGUGAGUAAAUAAAUGAGUGGGUAAUAGUGCGCAAAAGAGUUAAAAAAAUUAAUUAAAAUAAUUUAAGUGAUUUAAUUAAAAACAGAAAAAAAGACUAAUUAAUUAUUAUUAUUAUUUAUUGUAAAUAUAAAAACAAUUAUGUGUAAAAACAACACAAUACGACAAAAAACAAAGACAUUGUCUCGUAAAAAUUAUAUAGAAGAAAACCAGGUCAUCAUCACAAUCUAGUGAGUGUAAAGUGUCGUCCAACGUUCGUUAAACGAGGUCGUCAUCAUCCAUCAUCACACAUUGUAUGAUCAAUCGUCGUCAAUCGAUUGGUCGGGAACACAAAUUUAAAAAAAUGAUGUCCAAAUUUAAUUAGAUAUAUUAUUCAAAAUGCAACGAUCUUUUUAUUAAACAAAAGGAUCCUGUUGUACAAGUUUUUAUAUGAAAAUUAUUAUACAUAAUAUACACAAAAAAAAAAGGAAAAUUUAAACUUCUUAAGAUCAUUUCCCCCGCGAAAACAUACAAGAUUGACAAAUCAAUUUUUGUAAAUUUAUUUUUAUAGUACGAAAUUGCCGCUAACGUUUCAAUUUAAUGUAGAUAAAAAACAUAUCAGGGUUUUGAUAGAUAUUUUUUUUUUAAUUUUACGAAAAUUUGUCUAUUAACUUUCAUUAUCAUCUUCGUGAAAUUUCGUAAUCAUUCGCCAUUAUUCGUUUUAGUUUAUAUUCUAAAUUGUUUACAAGUUGUAAUUCUAACAAAACAUAUAUGUAAUAUUUAAAAGACGCCUAAAUCGUCUUAUUUCGUGAACGUUUUCGAAUGCUAGUUAUCGUUAAAAUAAAAUAAUUCGUUAAAAUGCGUAAUCAAUCGUCACGUUUUCAUGGUUAAUACUCAAUUUCGUUUAAAUUCGUAAUCGAUCGUGUUUAUAUAAAAUGUUAACAUUUAAUUGCAGUACAAUUUUUGACAGCACAUAAAAACAAUACCAUCUAUUGGAUCUCUCUGUAAUUAAAUGAUUCAUAAAACGUUUUACCCUGAUAAUAAUCUGUAAUUUAUUUUUUUAAAAUUGCAAACGUUACCGUUGAUUUCCAUUCCGUAAGAUUUAUAAAAAAUAAACAUUUCGUAGAACGUGUGAAAUAGAAAUAAUUUAAAAAUAUAAGAUUGAGAAAAGCCAAUAAAAGAGAGAAUGAGUUUUUGUUUUGUUUUGUAUACUCAUAUUUUUAAAUCGAAAAGAUAUGGAAAAUUUAAAACGUGUUUAAAAUUUAGAAAGGGAAAAAAAACUAAGAGAAUUUUGUUGUCGCGCCCACACGAAAGGAAGCGAAAUAAAAGGACUCUCUUAAAAUGGCGCAGAAGAGAAUAAAAAACUAUUCUAAGAAAAAUUAUGUAGUACUUUUAUUUUUUAUUAUUUAGAAAAAGGAUUGAAUGAAUUUUAUUUUUAAUUUUUAUACAAAAUCAUUUGUUCUCGUGUGUUAAUUUCUUAAAUGAAUCGUAAUGAAUAAUUUAGUGAUGAUUUUAUAUAAAAAUAUAAAUUAUUUUCGUUCUGCAAGUGUUGUCGUUUAUCGUAACAAUGGUGCAAAUAAAAUGUAAUUACAUGUACCUGUGUUCAAAAAGAGAUCCAAUAAAUUGUUUAAUAAAGGUGUUCUAUUAAAAAUCCAAAAUGGAUUUUUAAAUCAAACGCACUCGAACUCCUUUAAAUCAAAUAACUAAUAUCGAUUUUGAAUUUGACUCAAAACGAUAUUUAUUACUUAAGAGUGCGUUUUCAAACUGAUUUCCUCUAAUUCAUAAGCUUCACUUGUGUUUUAGAGAAGUAUGUUUUUUUAGACUGUGGAAUUUUUCAGGAAUAUCU